AUGUUUCCCGCAAGGAAAACUUCGGCCACGGCCAUCCAAACCCUCCAUAGGGCCCGGCGAUUUUCAAAUACCGCAGCAGCUGCUGCGGUAUCCCCCUAUAGGAAUCCCUCGCACGCAUCAAAAUCAUCUCCCGUGAAAGAUGUGCCUAAGCGAGGCCAGAGCACAGCUGCCGCGGCCCUACAACAGCAGCAGCACCAACGACCCGUUCCUAGUCCCGCCUUCAAUCGAGACGAUGCAAGACGGAACGAGGUGCAACCUCUCCGGCCUACCCGGUCGCCGGCGAUGGACCAUUCAUUCGUGGGAAUGAAGGGAGGAGAGAUCUUCCACGAGAUGAUGCUCCGGCAGGGGGUGAAGCAUAUCUUCGGCUAUCCUGGCGGUGCGAUUCUUCCGGUGUUCGACGCCAUCUACAAUUCGCCCCACUUCGACUUCGUCCUUCCUCGACACGAACAAGGCGCCGGACACAUGGCCGAGGGCUAUGCGCGAGUGUCCGGGAAACCCGGUGUGGUGGUCGUGACAUCGGGACCUGGCGCAACCAACGUCGUGACACCGAUGCAGGACGCGCUGAUGGACGGAACCCCCAUGGUGGUGUUUUGCGGGCAGGUUCCCACCGCCGCAAUUGGAAGCGAUGGGUUCCAAGAAGCAGAUAUGGUGGGUAUCUCAAGGGCGUGCACCAAGUGGAAUGUCAUGGUGAAGAGCAUUGCGGAGCUGCCGCGGCGGAUUAACGAGGCAUUCGAGAUUGCCACCACUGGACGUCCUGGACCCGUCUUGGUUGACUUGCCGAAGGAUGUGACUGGUGGCACUCUCACCCGACCGAUCCCUAUGGCAAGCUCUCUCCCCACACAUCCUUCAGCGGCAACGUUGGCCGCGCGAGAACUGUCGCGGAGACAGCUGGAGGGCGCAAUCAAGAAGUCAGCCGAUCUCAUCAACAUUGCCAAGAAGCCCGUCAUCUACGCCGGUCAAGGCAUCGUAUCCGCGCUGGGGGGUUCUCAGCUCUUGAGGGAGCUUUCGGAAAAGGCCUCGAUUCCCGUCACCACCACUCUCCAAGGCCUCGGCGGCUUCGAUGAACUGGACCCGAAAUCCCUCCACAUGCUAGGUAUGCACGGUUCCGCAUACGCCAACAUGGCGAUGCAGGAGGCCGAUUUGAUCCUUGCGCUCGGUGCUCGGUUCGACGACCGCAUCACGGGAAGCAUCCCGCGAUUCGCGCCCGCCGCCAAAGCCGCCGCUCAAGAAGGCCGCGGUGGGAUCGUCCAUUUUGAGAUCAUGCCGAAGAACAUCAACAAAGUGGUGCAAGCGACCGAAGCCGUCGAAGGCGACGUCGCCACCAACCUCUCCCUCCUCCUCCCCCACGUGAACGAAACCCCCAUGUCCGCCCGCGCCGAGUGGUUCGACCAGAUCCAAGCCUGGAAGACCCAGUUCCCCUGGGCAUAUGCCAAAGAGACACCCGGCGGCCCCAUCAAGCCGCAGACGAUCAUCACCAAGCUCUCCGAGCUCACGGCGCCGUACAAGGAAAACGUCGUGAUCGCCACCGGCGUCGGCCAGCAUCAGAUGUGGACGGCCCAGCAUUUCCGCUGGCGCCACCCUCGCAGCAUGAUCACCUCCGGCGGCCUCGGCACGAUGGGCUUCGGGCUCCCGGCCGCAAUCGGCGCCAAGGUGGCGCGGCCGGACGCCAUCGUCAUUGACAUCGACGGGGACGCCAGUUUCAGCAUGACGUUGACCGAGCUGUCGACUGCGGUGGAGUUCGGCGUCGGCGUCAAGGUCAUCGUGCUGAACAACGAGGAGCAGGGCAUGGUGACGCAGUGGCAGUCGCUCUUCUACGAGGACCGCUUCGCCCACACGCACCAGCGGAACGCGAACUUCGUCAAGUUGGCCGACGCCAUGGGGUUGCCUGCGCGGCGCACCGUGAAGUUGGAGGAUCUGGAGACGGAUCUGAAGUGGCUGCUAGACGACGCCGACCCCAGCUACGGGGAGGGGUACAAGGGGCCGAAGUUGUUGGAGAUCGUCACGGAUCAGAAGGUGGCGGUCCUGCCCAUGGUGCCGGGGGGGAAUGCGUUGCACGAGUUCCUGGUGUACGACGAAGUCAAGGAAAACGAACGGAGGCGGCAAAUGCGAGAUCGAACGGGACGGUGA